AUGGCAUGCUCGGAGAGCCCCGCUGCAAACUCUUUUUUGGUGGACUCCUUGAUCAGCUCAGCCUCAAGCAGAGGGGAAGGCGGAGGAGGCGGAGGCGGGGGCGGCGGAGGAGUUGGAGGAGGCGGAGGCGGAGGAAGCGGCAGCUACUAUCCCAACAACAGCGGUGUCUACCUGCCACAGGCGUCCGAUCUGUCCUAUGGGCUGCAAAGCUACGGGCUUUUCCCGGUCCUGAGCAAACGCAAUGAAGGCCCUUCUCCAAGCGUGGCGCCGGCUUCUCACGCCUACAUGUCAGGGAUGGAAGUCUGGCUAGAUCCCCCCAGGUCCUGCCGCCUGGAAGAGCACGAGAGCCCGCAGGCGACCUCCUGCUCCUUCGCUCCCAACAUCAAAGAGGAGAGCUCCUACUGCCUCUAUGACGCCGAGAAGGGCCCCAAAGAGGCUGCGGCCACCGACUUGUCCAUCUUCCCAAGGCUGAGCUCGGAGGUCUGCUCCAUGAACAACGUGACAGCCGCCGGGGUGCCCGUCCCUGGCUACUUCCGCUUGUCUCAAGCCUACGGCACCAGCAAGAGCAGCGGCAGCAGCAAUGGCAGCAGCUACAGCAACAACAGCAACCACCACCAUCAACAUCAUCACCAACAGCAGCAGCAGCAGCACCAUCCGGGGCAGAUGGUGGUUCCUUCCCAGUUCGCCCCGCAACCUCAAGUGCGCUUUGAAACUCCGCCAGCGUUGACUCCUGCAGUCCCACCGCCGGAUUCGGGGAGGAAAGACAGCGAGGAUUCAUCCCCACCCAGCACCUUGGCUUGCGUGGCCCAAAGGGGUGAGGAAGAAGGGCAAGCUUCCUCUCCGGCCCCCGAAGAACUCUCCCCGGCUCCUUCAGAGAACAGCAAGCCCUCUCCAGAGAAGGAAACGCUAGGUAAGCAAAAAAUAAAUGCACUACUCUCUACCCGCCUAGCUCCCCCGCCCCCGCGCACGGCAGCCGGCACCGUUGCCACAAAAACCAGGAGGGGUGGGAUGCGAUAAGGGGGUGAGAAUCGCCCAGAAUACUGGAAGCCCCCUUCGCUGGCCAAAAUGGCCAUUCAUAGAGCGGCUUAGCAUAACAUGCUGAGCUGCCAUUCAUAUUUGGACGCUGGGAUGCUGUAAAUAAAUAAAUAUUGAUAUAUCCACCCCUUCGAGUUUAUGAGCCAUACAAAAAGAAAAGAAAAGCUGAGUAUGGGUAAAAUCCUAAAGGCAAAGGGCUUGAAAAGAGACAAAAUAGGAAGAAAAGGAAAAAGAGAUAAAUGCAGCUCUGUAUUUCCUCGCCUCAAGUGAUGCUGAGGUGACUGCAGAGAUAACAUAGAUGUUUGUAAAGCGUCCAAAGUAAGCAAGGGGCCAGCGCCAAUAAAUAAGCCCAUUAACAGGCUAAGUUCUAGUUUACGAUCCUGGAUGCCUUAAAAAAAAAAAAAAAGCAGCUGGGUUAAAAUUCUCUUCUAUGAAGCACUAUCAAAUUAGACUGCUGGAGUCUGCGCUGCGAGAGGCUCUCCAGAGCGCCACAAGGCUUCUGUGUUGAAAUAUACGCAGGGUCAUUGGAAUGAAUGGGAGCUGUACAAGAAUGCCAGAGUUCCUGGUCGGUGCUCAGUCAUUCAUUUCAACGCGCGGGGAUGGCGAGUGGCUUUUGCAGAAGAAUUUUCUAUUUCAUGAUGCCCAUUAAAGGGAAUAAGAAAAUAAUAAUAAGAAAAUAAAACCGGGAACUCCGCAGGGUAAGCUUUUAGUUGUUGUUUCUCCCACAAUUCUGAAACAGGAUGCAAUGAAGCAUGUUACGUGUGUGCACACACAUAUAUGCAUAUGCAUAUCGUUAUCUAAAUGCACACAGAGGGAGUUGGGUUUCCCGCCCCAACCCCACCUCCAGCUACAUGUACUUCCAAAAAAUAAAGAGAAAGGCAUAUGUGCUUUAAAAAAAAAAUAUGUGCAUCAUCAAUGUGUGCUUGUAAGAACCAUCUCAGCGCUAAAUUGCUCAACGGUUUAGAUUUAGUUUGAAUUUGGAAACGCACAGCCCGUUCCUAUGCUUGCUUGUUUGUUGCACCACUGAAUUAAACGGGCUUGAUUCUCAGUAACGCAACAUUCCUAUACCCGCUUACCGGGGAGUAAGCCGCACUGAACACAGUGGGACUUACUUCUGAGCGAACAUGCCAGGGAUUGCUCUGGAAGGGUGUGUGGAGUAGUUUAGAUGGGAUUGCAGCCCUCAUUCGCCAGAAAUAUUAGGCAUAACAAUUCGAAAACGACCCCACCCCCAACCAAAAAAACAGCCACCCAGGGCUUCUUCUUCUUUUUUUAAUCGAGCGCUUCGGCAGCGUCGACCACAUUUUCAAAUAAUCUGGAUUUAGGGGAGGGAGCAGGGGGCGGUCUCGCAACGAGUGUUUUGAGAACAAACGGCCAGGACUGAAGCAGAGGCAAAACCCUGCAAGACGCCACUGCCAAAGGCAUUUGUGCGCAUCGGUGUCAACUCCAAAAGCGAUCCGGUCUCUCAGACCAGCGAGAUGCGGCAAAGUCAGGGAGUGUGUUGCAAUGCUCGCUCUCCUUUGGGGGCUACCAAUUUAAGAGGGACCCGGACAGGAACCCUGAAGGAAGGCCAGAGUGCCCUUCUCAAAUUUAUAUUCGGUACUAAGUACAGAAGCGUCCCCCAGCCCAUCCACGCUACGCCGCCCAAGUUUUCCUGGUGUCGUUCUGGUAACCUUCCCUUUUUUCCUUAUUUCCCCCCUUAAAACUAGGCAAUUCAAAAGGAGAGAACGCAGCCAGUUGGCUCACCGCAAAAAGUGGCAGGAAGAAGCGAUGCCCUUACACCAAACACCAAACUCUGGAGCUGGAAAAGGAGUUUCUGUUCAACAUGUACCUGACUCGUGAGCGUCGCCUAGAGAUCAGCCGCACAGUUCACCUAACAGACAGACAAGUCAAAAUCUGGUUUCAGAACCGCAGGAUGAAACUGAAGAAAAUGAACAGGGAGAAUCGAAUCCGGGAGCUCACAGCCAACUUCAAUUUCUCCUGAUGAACCCUAGGCACGCAUCUUGAUGGUCUGAACAGCUAGGACGGUUCCACCCCCCACCCCCCGGUCUCCUCCCCACCCCCUAAGCCUCUAGCUACUCGCACCUGUGUGCGUCCGAGCCUUUCAAUUACAUCCUCAGCCUCUCCAUGGCCUCUUGGUAAUUGAUUUCGUUGGGAUGAAGCCAUAACUGAUGCACACUACCCCAUCCAUGUCCGCUGCUGCCCUCAGUAAAUGCCCGGUCUGGAAAGUCUGGUGCUGAAGGGAGGGAAAUGGUUUUCAGAACCCUAGAUGCCUAUUGUCCUCCCUUUCUCAACACCCCUCUCCCAAACUCCAUUUUCAGAAAAUUGAGCCAAAUAAGACUGAAGGCAACUUGCGUUCUCUCCCACCCCACUGUAAUAGUAGCUGGUGUUUUGGAUCUGAGCCGAGGAUGGUUUUGAAUAAUUAAAAUCUGGCCACGCCGCUGCUUAAUAGGAAGCAUGCGUCUAGCCGAUCCAGAUAGAAUCAGGUUAUAGAAUAUGGUGUCAGGAGCCAAGGCUGGCGCACUUAUAUGUUUGUUUGUGCCCAAUCCCCCGCAUACCCCAAAAUCCAUAUUUAAUAUUACAACUUUUAAAAUUGCCACGAAAAUGAGACCUCUUCCCCCUCCUCCUCCCCCUUCCCCCCCCCCAAAAGGAGAGAGGAAAGUCUUUGUCUGCUUUAUUGGCUAAAAUCUUACACUUUCUGGUUGUAGGUAAUGACUUGAGGUAGUUUUUGCUUUGGAUACCUUUGGGUUACCGCUAGUUACGCUUGGCAAGCACAUGAAAGGAAGGAAGGAAGAAAUCUCCCCGCUUUGGAGAGGAGAAACGACUUUGUCCACGGAGAGGUGUGUUAUUCUAUGUAUAUUGGACCACCAGAUUUUCCCCCUGACUUGACUAUGGGGGACAGCAAGGGAGGUGAAAGUUUUCCCCCUGGUUUCCUUGAUACUGUGAAGUUACAUGCGUUGAAAA